CAAUAUCCAAAUAACAAUAAUAAUAAAUUGCUCGAGCAAUUUUAAUUAAUUAAUAUUCUAUUUUCAAAUUUUCCUCGCCUACGAAAUGCCGCCACGACGACAUUAUAUUUUUUGAAUAUCGACCGAUAAACGUACAUCGAUGAACCUGAGCGUGCAAGAAUACACGAUAAUAUAUUAUUAUUGCGCGGGCGCGGGUCAAUAAUCGAGCACGUUGCCUGGCGACGGUGCUCCUGCUCUCUCUCAGCCUCCGGAAUUUCUUCUUCUGCGGACUAGUCCUGCAACCGCGACUCGCAGAAGUCCAGCAACCUUCGAUACAUCGGCAUCGGACCGGUUUCAUACUCUCGCUCACGAACACACGCCGUUAAACGCUUGAUUCUAGCGGUUGGACCGUUCGCUAGUUAUGUGGAGGAAAAGUAGACAGUUGGCAAAUCCCCGAGUUUGUCCAUCAGAAGUAGAAAGUGAACGUGAUAAAGGAGAUGGAGGAAGGUAUUGCGCGGUAUUAAGUGAAGUCGAGAAUAGAUUCGAGAAGCUGUGCGGAUUUAAAUUAGGCGAUCUCUCGUCAUUCGAAAGCUUCGCUGCGCUUUUGUAUCGACCGACUGAUCCAGCUAGCUUAGGAGUCGUUCGAGCACUCUUUGGACUAUGCAUGGUGUUGGACGUGGUGGAAGAACGAGGAUUGGGUGACGUCGAUAUAAAAUGGGGAGAUCCUAUGGAGUGUCAUUUCCCUUUGAUUCACGGAAUGAAACCGUUGUCGUUGCCAUGGAUGAUAUCAAUUUACACGAUAAUGUGGAUAGGCGCUUUUGGAAUCAUGCUCGGCUCGAGGUUCAAAAUAGCUUGCGCCUGUUUCCUGAUUCCUUAUUGGUACAUCUUCCUGCUGGACAAGAGCUAUUGGAACAAUCAUACGUACCUCUACGGUAUCGUUGUGAUCCUCUUCUGGGGCACGGGGGCUGACAAAUACUUCGCAUUGGAUGCCACUGAAACGAAAAGAAGUGUAAAUACCGUACCGUUGUGGAACUACUUCAUCUUGAAGUUCCAAUUUUUCGCGCUGUAUUUUUUAGCUGGAUUGAAGAAAUCAGGUGUUGAAUGGUUAUCGGGAUACGCCAUGGCAAAUUUGUCAAGGCAUUGGGUCUUCAGCCCGUUUAGAUUAUUCUUGACCACCGAGCAAACUGAUUUUUUCAUAGUUCACUGGUUUGGAUUUAUCUUUGACCUUACCGUUGGAUUUUGGAUGCUGUUCGAUAAAACUCGUAUCCCUGCAAUGGUAUUUUGUACUGCUUUCCACUUAAUGAACUCUAGGUUAUUUAGCAUUGGAAUGUUUCCAUACGUGUGCCUUGCGACAAUGCCACUCUUUUGUAAACCAAAUUGGCCCCGAAGACUCGGCAUUUUCCUCAAACGUAAAUCUUACUUUUCAUUUUCUGCGAAAAUUCAGGAUAUAAAGAUCUGUAAUAAAGCCACGAUAGAUCUGCCGAAAGUGUGGCACGAUAAUCUAAGUGGAAAUGGGUCAUCGAUCGAUAAUGGAAAUCGAGAAAGUACAAAUUCGAUAAACUCUACAAUUACUUGUAAAAACACGAAGAGAAUCGAUCGAGGAAAAUCGGCUAAAGUGACGAGGAAGCAAAAGUUCGUAGUUUCUCUGUUACUAUUCCAUGUAUUCUUGCAGUUUUUCUUACCAUACUCUCAUUUUAUCACGAAGGGUUACAACAAUUGGGUACCAGGAAUGUACGGAUACUCUUGGGAUAUGAUGGUCCACGUUUGGGACACUGUACUCGUCGUGGUUAAAGUUCACGACAACGCGAGUAACGAGGAUCGUUAUUUGGAUCCUACAGCUUGGGUACAGAGUAAUAGGUGGGAGAAACAUGGUGACAUGCUCGUGCAAUACGCCUCUUGUUUGAAAGAGAAUUUGAUUAAGCAGGAGAACCAAUUUUUCGAGAAUAAUUUCCAACGCGAUAAAAGGCCAAAAUGGUCGCGAUUGUCAUCGAAUUUGAGUAUCUAUAUCGACGUGUGGUGCUCGUUAAAUGGAAGAUUCCAACAGAGAAUGUUCAAUCCAAAUGUUGACAUGUUAACGGUAGAUUGGCAUCCUUUUAAGCCCAUCUCGUUUUUAAUGCCACUUCUUUCCCAGUAUAAUUCUUACAGAUACAAGUUGGAAGAAAUUCAGCAACAAAUUUACACUUGGUCCAACGACACCGACGUCCUCUUCGUUGCCGAUUUUCCAGGCAUGCAUUUGGAUAAUUACAUCACCAAAAACUUCACCAACGUCACGUUAACGGUACUCGAAGGUGAAGUAACCUACAGCGACGAAAAACGGAAACACGACAUCAUGGUAGGAAAGGGAUCAUCGAUUCUGAUAGAAACGGGACAAUUUCACAAAGUGAAAACUAUUAGCGCUUAUCCAGCUUGCUAUAUGUACACCUGUACCAAUCUGAACAAACAGCAAUCAGAAACUAAUGGGACAACAGAACUUGAAGAAUCGAAAGAAGUUCUACCAAUCGCAAAGGAAAUAAAUUAUAAAAUCGACGCUUGGAUAAGAGCGUUCCAUCACAUUGCGAAUGCAUUUUUCUAUUUAGUGUACGACGUGCCCAUGGUUCGAAGGAUACGUGGUGGAGGAAACGAGUGUCGAUCGUAGUCAGUCGCUCGUACACGUUCAGAGGCCUUCGACACAUGAAACGAUGUAGUGGAAUCGUUGUUGAUAAUACAAUUGAUCAAUCGUG